AUGUCAUCUUCAUCGACCUUUCCCUGCACGGUCGGAUCAUCAACAUCAUCGGCUAGUGCAACACAGGACGGCCAAGUUCAGCUGCAGAUUGUGACCCAACCGGAACAGCAAUAUCGCGUCCGUUGCCGAAGAAAAGGUUCGAGUGGCGCAGUCAAAGACCGCAGUGGCAACGGAUUCCCGGUGGUCCGUCUCGUUGGUUACGCGAAGCCGGCCGUCCUGCAGGUAUUCAUCGGCAACGACAGGGGCCAAGUGCUGCCACACAUGUGCUACAAGGCCUGUAAGGUUUCCGGCAAGAGCUCGACGCCCUGCAUUGAGCGAAAGCUCAAAGGUACCACGGUGGUUGAGGUGGACAUGACUCUGGAAAACGAGAUGACGGUGACCUGUGACUGCAUCGGCAUUCUGAGGAAACGAAAGGUUGUUGUGAAGCGCUGCUUUCUGGACUGGAGUGGGUCGCGGGCCAAGAAGAAGUUCACCCAUUGCCGGAUGGUGUUCCGGACGGUGGUGACGAACGAGGAUGGGUCAACUGAAAUGCUGCAGGUGUGCUCUGAUCCAAUUGUUUGCACCAAGCGGACGGGCGUUCCGGAAAUCUGCAAAAAGUCUCUAGUUUCCUGCCCCGCCGAAGGUGGUCUGGAGUUGUUCAUCAUCGGCAAAAAUUUCCGGAAGGAUACGAAGGUGGUGUUUCAGCAGCGGGAGGUGCCAUGGGAGCAAUCUGUCAUCCCUGACAGCGAAUACCUUCAACGGACGCAUCUGAUUUGCACUGUACCGCCGUACGUUAACUCGGAUAUCGUGAAACCCGUAGUAGUACAAAUAUUCAUCAUUUCUGGUGGAAGGAAGAGCGAAAUGCACGACUUUACAUAUACGCCAGAGCGACACUACAUGGCCCUGACAGCUGUGAGGUGCCCUGUUGGAGUUACUGGCGACAAUUUCUGUUUCAGAGCUGUCACCUCUCUACAGGAAGCAUUGGCAGAUGAAGUGACCACCGCCAGUAUCAUCGACGUCGGAGAAGAUUUUCCAAAUAGUAGCGCUGGCGGUUGCAGUGGACAUGGUGUGCUGGGUUCAGCUUCCGGAAGCUCAAGAGCAGAAGGUGGUAGUACGUAUCCCGCCUCAAGCUUGAAUCCCCGUAAUUCUGGCUUUAGUAGCCAGUCCAACGAAGAGACAAGCUUUGGAAUAGAGAGGCCCAUCUCAACGCAAGCAGUAGUAGCAUCUGAUCGUGAGAGUAAACUCAUCUUCAUUAUCAUCAUGAUCCUUAUGUGGCACCGUAGAAAAUGGGCAAAAUCAUCCGCUGCAUUGUAA